GGACGAGGAAAACAAUCCAAUUCCUCGCACCGUUGAUAUUCAACCAAAGCCCACUUUUCCGCAUACACAUAGCUCGGACUCACGCAGUAUCAUCCAAAAAUAAGGGAGCGGAAAAGUGAACGAAAGCGCCAUUGCAUAAAUCAAAAUGGCCCCUCAAAAUACCCCCGCAUCGGAUGCUCCUGCGGGCUCAGUUAACAUUAACUCGCUUUCUGUGCCGCAACUUCGGGCGCUGCAGACUCGUCUUUCGUCGGAAUUGGAGCAUUUGACGUCGUCGCAUGCUAAGUUGCGCGCGGCGCAGUCGAAGUUUAGGGAUUGUGUGCGGUCGAUUAAUGAAGGUGUUGUUGGGUCUGAGAAGAGGGGGACGGAUGGCAGAGAUGACAUCUUGGUGCCUUUGACGAGCUCGUUGUAUGUCAAGGGUAAGCUGGCCGAUCGGGAGAAGGUGCUUGUGGAUGUUGGAACAGGAUUCUAUGUUGAGAAGACUGCGAAAAAGGCUAUUGAGUUCUAUGAGGACAAAAUUAAGAGUCUAGAGACGAAUCUCACAGAGUUGGAAAAGAUUGUACAGACGAAGAGCUCCCAGCAAAGACUCUUCGAGGAGGCUCUGAGACAAAAAUUGCUUAGCGAAGGUGCUCAAUCAUCUGGUGCUGCCGCUGCGGGUGGUGGUUAAAACCUGUCAGACGCUUGCAGAGGCGUCCGAUCAUCCAGUGAUCGGUCAGGGCAAAAUAGUUAACAGAAAUAAUAGAGGAAUGGUAUUUGUUACAGUAAGUGUUGGCAAUAGCAAAUCAUUAACCGCUUCGCAUGUAAGCUCCUGCUUUGCCAGCUGGGAAAUGUCGCACGCUCCCAAGGCUUUUGCAGAGAUGUAAGACACGUUGAAACACACAUAUUCGACGAGACAUUGAUCUCGCACAAUGAAGGGAAGAUCACAACGAAGCAAAAGCAGAAUGGCCCUGCACCUAGAAUUUGAGCCAUGAUAUAUUCAGUCGCAUCUAUGAGUUAACAAACAGUCGCUCUCAUAAAGAUCAACUUGAUAUGUCUAGAAUAGAGUGCCAAGGUCGGCAUCCAACAUCCCAGCAAGACCCUUCACCUCAAGUUUGGGCGAGGAUCCAUUUGAAGGUGGCUGGCUUUUGGUUGCAGCAGGAAUCAUCGAGGGCUCGGUGCUCACCUGUACUUUCCUGGUAGUAUUCUCUGAGCUGGAACUGGGCCGUGCUGGGCCUAGAACUUCCGCCACUCGUUUCACUAAACCAAUAAACUCCCAGAAGCCCUCGCCCUUGUCAUCCGAAUUGGAUAUCAUUCUCGGGGGGAAGAAAGUGUGAAGCUCUGGGCUGUGCCGUGCGGAAUGCCC